AUGUUGAGAUCAAGAUAUGAGGAGAACGAAAACAUUCGUGUUACUAGUUCUUGUUGGUUGAGCAAACAAAAAAAGGAUGAUGUAUUAAUAAAAAAAAAAAAAAUAAGUUGGAAUAAUAAUAAUGAAAGAAUAUACACCGAUUUUAAUAUAUGCACAACCUCUAUUAUAAGUCCUAUAUUAAAAUUAAAGAACGAUUUAGAAUGUAUAAGUGAGAAUAAGAAAUUAAAUAGACAAAGAGAAAAUAGAUAUAUAUAUGAGGAAGAAGAAUUAUUAAAUAUAAAUAAUGAUGAUGAAAUAGUUUCUAUUUUAUUUAGAAGUAAAGCAUUUAAUGAGACAUGGUUAUAUAUAAAUAAUUAUAUGAAUUGUUUUAUAUAUAAUUAUUUGAGUAAUAUUAUAAAUAAAGAAAUAAAUUUAUUAAAUACAAUUUUAUGUUUAAAGGAUGAUAAAAUAUCAUUAUUAAUUCUAAAGACUCAGACUUGCCCUUUUUCUAAUCUAUUACAAUAUAAAAUUAUAUGUAACUAUUUGAAAUUAUUAAAUAGUUGUAAGAAAAUGAAAACGAAAAGACAAUAUAUACAUGAAACAAAACAGGAUGUAUAUGAUAGUAAUAAUAAUAAUAAUAAUAUGGAGAGCUAUAAUUAUAAUAUGACACUUAAAGAUAAUUAUAUCACACAUAAUAAUCAACAUAAUAAUGAUAAUAAUGAGAAGAAGACAUAUUCUUAUGAAUAUGAUAAUAAUAUAAAUAUUAGAUGUGAUAAUAAUAAAAAUCUUACAUGUGAUAAUAAUAUAAAUAUUAGAUGUGAUAAUAAUAAAAAUCUUACAUGUGAUAAUAAUAAAAAUCUUACAUGUGAUAAUAAUAUAAAUCUUAUAUAUGAUAAUCUUUCUUUUUAUCAUAAAAAUAGUCAUAAUCAACUAUUCAAAUAUACUAUGCUAAAAAAAGAAAAAAAAAUUAUAUCUUGUAUUAUUAAUGUAUAUUCUAAUGACACUGUAGAAAAUAUAAUUAUUCGAAUUAUAAAAAAAGUAAAUUCGAAUUUUUUUUUAAAAGUUGAUCGAAAUAAUAUGAAUGAAUUAUUUAAUCAGAUGUGUUGUCAAAAGAGCAAAAUAAAUGAGAAAAAAAAAAAAAAAAAAAAAAGUGUUUUAAUUAUUUUUAUUAAAGAUUAUUUAAAAUUAAAAUCUUCUAUAUUUAGUGCUUUUUUAUUAUAUCUAAUGCAUUUAAAAGAAAUUUAUUUAUUAAAUAUAAGUGUUAUCAUAACUAAUAAUUGUAUUUUGUCUGCUCUUAAUAAUAUGGAUUAUUUUAUAAAGAAAAAUAUCUAUGUGAAUAUAUUUAAUUUAUAUAUUAAUUAUUAUAAUUUAAUAGAUAAUAUUAUAUUUAAUCCUAUUUUUAACAAUGUCCUUUUUAAAUUAAAAGAAUAUUAUAUAAUCAUAGAUAAUUUACUCUUAUCAAAUAACAACAUAAAUUUUUUAAAAAUUAAAUAUUUCUUUUAUAUGUUUAUAAAAGAUUUUUAUGAUAAAAAACUCUUGUCCUUUCUAAAUAUACCUCUAUCAUAUUUUCUUCUUCAGAAUCAAAAUGGAAAUGAUGCAUUCAGUGAAUCUAAAAAAAAAGAAAAAAGAAAUAAAACAUACAAACAAAAUUUUAAUAUAUUUAAGAGUGAUAUAAUACUUUCUUUCAAUAUGAUAAAUAUUAAUGCCGUGUAUAAAACACUUGCAAUUUUAUUUUGUUCUAGUAAUUUUUUUAAAAAACACAUUAAUUAUUUGAAGAAUAAAAAUGGUUACAAUUAUAGAUAUGUGUUACAUAUGAUUGAUAUAUAUAAAAAUAAAAAUAAUAAAAUAAAAAAAAAUAAUAAUAAAAAAAACAAUAAUAAUAAUAAUAAAAAAAAUAAUAAUGUUAAUGUUUUUCAUGAUGAUAUAUUAUGCCAGGGGAAUGAUAACAGCCACAGUGAUAAUAUAAAAAUAAGAGAAAAAAAAGGAGAUACAAAUAAAUAUAAUAAUAAUAUGUUAUUAAAUAAAAAUAAAGAAUAUAAUAAUAAAAGGAAAAAUAAUUAUUUAGAAGAAUCUUGUGUAGAUGAAGAAGCAGUAAAGAAGAAGAAGAAAAAAACAGAAAAGAAACAUAUGGAAGAACAAAAUGAUAAUAAUAUAAAUAAUAAUAUAAAAAAAAAAAAAAAAAAAAUACCUUUAUAUAAUUGUAUAAAUGAUUUUGAUAUAAACAAUAUAAAUGAAAAUCAUUCAUUAUAUAUUAAUCAUAAUAAUGAUAGUGGUUGUGGUGGUGGUUGUGAUGAUGAUAAUAUAAUUAAAAAUAUAAGUUGUAUAAGUUGUAUAUCUUCAAAAUGUGAUAAAGAUAAAAUAUUGAAAUAUGACUCACUUUCUAGUUUCAACUCUUUCCUUUUAUUGUCAAAUGAUAAUAUAAAUAAAAAAUUAAAAAAUGAUCAAAAUUAUAAAAAUUAUUAUUUUCAAAGAUAUGCUGCAUUUAAUCUUUCUGAAUCUUUAACACCAAUAAAUAAAUUAUUGCAUAAAGAUUUUGAAGAUGAUUGUAAUAUUUUGAAGCAGUAUAUUAUUAAUAAUUUGUCUAGACAUAUGACAGAAGACCAUCAUAUGAAUCCUAUAAGUGUAAUUAAAAAAGAAUGGAAUGUCAACGAAUUUUUAUUAAUAUAUAAAUAUGAACGAAUGGUAAAUAGGUUGGAAGGAUAUAUGUCAAAUAUAAAGGUAGAUGUGAAGAAAAACAAAAAUAAAAUAAAUAAUAAAAUAAAUAAUAAAAUAAAUAAUAAUAAAAAAAAUAAUAAUAAUAAUAAUAAUAAUAAUAAUAUCAGUGAGAAGAAUAAGAAAGAUUCAUUUAAAAAACAAGAAAAUUUGCGUGACGACAAUGAUGUGAACGAAUCAGAAGAUGAAGAAAUAUAUAAUAUUAAAAAAAGUAUUUUUUUAUAUUAUUAUAAAUUAUUAAUCAGAUCUAUAAGUUUAAGAAUGAUUAAAUAUAUAUAUAGAAAAAAUAAAUAUAAUAUAUGUAUUAGCAUAAUUAAUAUUAUUUUAAAAAACAUACCUAUCUAUUCUUCGUUACGUAAAAGAAUUAAACUUAUAAGUGAGAUGUUUAAAAAGUAUGAACAGAAAUAUUUUAUUUAUAAUUAUAAUGAUCUAAAACAAGCUAAUGAUGAUAUAGAAAAGGAGAUGAAACAGACAUUAAAUACAAUAUGUGAUAUUCUAAUAAAUUUAUAUAUUAACAAAAUGAAUACAUUAAAAAAAAUAUUGAAUGAUAUCUAUCUUUUUAUAAAAGAUUUGUCUUAUAUAAAUAAUUUAGAAAAUUAUAUAUACAUACAAGAAAAAAUAAAAAAUAAUAAAAAUAAAAAAAAAAAUAUAUAUAUAUAUUAUAAUAAUACAUUAAAUAUGCCUCUCUUUGUCAACAAAUUAAAACUGUUGAAUGAUUUUCUAAAUUAUAAAAUUAACUUAAAUAACACAAAUCACAUGACAAAUAAAAACUCAUCCAUGGAUAUAAAAUAUCAUGAUAAUAAUAUGGAAAUAAAUAACGAGAGGUCACAUUAUAAAAAUGAAUCAAAUAAUAUAAAAAAUAACAUAAGCAAUUAUUAUAAAAAUAAGAGUAGUUGUUGCCUAACUCCAAAAAAAAUCAAUAAUUGCAAACAAAAUAUAAGAUAUGAAGAAGAUAAAGUGGUGGUCAUAGAAAAUAUUGAGGAUCAUCAAAAUGGAAUGAAUAAUAUAUUUGAAAAAAAUAAUUUAGAUAACAAAGGAACAGAUAAAAUAAAAAAAAAUGAAAAUAAUGAAUAUGAAAAUCAAAAUAAUAAUAUAAAAAAGGUUAUUGAAAAUAAUAAUAAUUUAUUAUCAUAUGAUGAUAUAUUUAAUAAUGAUUUACUAUUUAUAGAAUAUCUUUUAGUAUUUAUAUGUGAAUAUUUUUAUUUUCUAGUACUUCCAAGUAUAUUUUUAUUUCCCCUAUCUAAUGAAUUAAUAGCACAUGAACAUACAUCAGAUUUUUUUGACAUAUUAAAUGUGAAUCUUCAACAAAAAUUAUUAAAUGUAUUACAUUAUAAUAAGUUGCAAUUAAAUGAUAUAAAUAAUAUAAAUGAUAUCAAAACAAAUGAAAUGGCAAAACGUUUUAAUGAUAAUAUUUCUAAUAAUAAAGAAAAAUUAAACAAUAAAGAUUGUCAUACCUUAAACAAUUAUAUAGACACACAUAAUAAUUUUGAAAUGAAUCAUAUAUUUCAAAAUAUUUUAAAUAAAUCAAAAAUGGAAGAUCUAUUAAUUAUAUUUAAACUUAUAGAAAAUUAUAAUACUAAAUAUAUUAAUGUCUGUAGUAUGUUUGUUGAAUAUAUCAAUAUAAAAUAUCAUGCAAUGUAUAAAUGUGCUGAUGAUAAAAAUUAUAAUGAGGACACAAAAUGUUUAGAGGAUAAAAAGUUAAGAAAUGGUAGUUAUAAUUCAAAUUAUCGUAAUAAAAAUAAAAAAAAAAGUGCUAGCCAUUAUAAUAUAAUUAAAGAUGAAAUAAAAAAUGAAGGUGAAACAUUCCAAGAAUUAUUUUAUCAAUUUAUUAUUGCAUUAUUGUCACUUUUUUAUUUUAUAAAAUUAAUACAUAUACCAUCCUCAUUUCUUAAAGGUAAAGAAGAUCCAGAAGACUCAUUUAAUAAAAUAGAAAAUACGAAUAAUGUAAAUAUAUAUUUUGAUCAAGAAAAUAAUAAUUUUAAUGAUGAUAUAAAUGACAAAUAUUUCCCUGAACAAAUAACACAAAGCAAAAAAAAAUUAAAAACAUCAGAAAAUAUUGAAGAUAUGUCAACAAAUGAACAAGAAAUAGAAGAAACCCUUUUAUCAAAUAAUAUUGAAAAGUCUUUACCACAAAAAUAUGAUGAUAAUAUUAAUUCAACAAAUGAUUUAGCAUAUAAAAAAUAUAUACUAGAUAUAUUAAGUAAUAUAAAUAUAAAAAAAUUAAUAUUUGGCAAGGCAUACAUGUAA